AUGACAGCAUUAAGCCACAGAGUAAACUACAAACCACUGCUUGUGGACGAUGCCACCAUGGUGGCCCGGCGCUCGACCGUGCUCCGGACGGUGCUGUUGCUGGUGAUCCUGUUCUUCAUACUAUUUUGCCUCAUGGGAUACUACUAUCAGCCGAAAGUCGGAACGGAUUACACUCGAAAUCAGUAUCUAGAGGAGGGGGUAACGCACGAGGCACUACUGCGUCGACUAAAAACCAUACUGAACUGCAACAAGCAAUCAAACGCAUACCAGCUGGAAAGGCACGGUGAGCAUUACGUCUUGCGCAAUUUUAUCACCACGGAACGGCCAGUUGAGUGUUACGAAACUAUCACAUACACCACGCACGGGGAUCAUACGUUCCUGGACAACGUGGUUCCACUGUUGGAGCGAUGGCUUGCACCUGUUAGUAUCGCGGUCUACGCACCUGGCAAAGAUCUGGACCGUGCGGUGGAACUAAUACGCUACCUAGUAGAUUGCCACGAGCGCCGUUCACUCGUUAAAGAGUAUGUGAGCUUUCAUCUAUACUUUGGUCGAGAACACCUUCCCGAAAAUCCGAUCCAUCACUACCGGAAGCUGUUGGCGACCCCGCUGGACUGUGCUAAUACGAAUCUAACUAAUGUGUCAGGCGGGUUUGUGGACACGUAUCGUAUGGAGCAUAACUUAACGUAUCCGGUGAACGUGGCACGGAACAUAGCCCGUAGUUCCGCACAGACGCACUUCGUUCUCGCGAGUGACAUCGAGCUCUACCCCAAUCCUGACUUUAUACCUAUGUUCCUGCGGAUGAUCGCACAUCCAUUCUACCAGUACACUCUGCACAGUCCGAGCGUCUACGUUCUGCCAGUGUUCGAGGUUGCCGAAGGAAGGGACAUCCCUGUUGAUAAAGCUCAUUUGCUGAAAGCACUAGAGCAAGGAGAAGCGAUAAAGUUUCACGAGAAAAUCUGCUCUAACUGCCAUACGGUGCCCGGGUAUGCGGAGUGGCUAGACGUGGUGAAGUACGAUUACACGAUGGACAUUCAGGUGACGUCGAAGCGAGAAGGAGCCUUCUCGUCCUGGGAGCCGAUUUAUGUCGGCACACAGCGCGAACCGCAGUACGAAGAACGAUUAAGCUGGGAAGGAAAAGCUGAUAAAAUGACUCAGGGAUUUAUUAUGUGCAUUUUGGGAUAUGAUUAUCAUGUGCUGGACAAUGGAUUCUUAGUGCACCGUCCAGGUAUAAAGACGAUGGCGCAAGCAAACAGGCCAUCGCAGCAAUCGAAACAACGUGCCUUUAUGCACAGUACUAUCGAGGGCGAGAUUGUCGCACUUUACGGCAAGCGUGAAGGAUGCAGGAUCUAAAUGCACCCAACAUUCGUCAUCCUAUGCUGGUACACCAUCAUUCUAUUCUAGUCAAAUGAACGAACACGACAAUAUUGGGUCGUUGUUGGUUUUAUUCACAUGCCUUAGUGUGCCAUGUUGUAGCAUCACUUUUUUUAUAUUUUU